AUGAAGAAGAUACAUCGUAUGGACCCACAAGAUCCGAAUUCUUUUCGUCAUAAAUUUUCUUUUGUCAAUGGAAUUACUUAUCAUUAUGUAGACGAGGGAGAAGAAAAGAACGAUGUUAUAAUAUUAUGUCAUGGGUUCCCAGACUUUUGGUAUGGCUGGCGUUAUCAAAUUCCUUUCUUAGUAUCUAAGGGUUUUAGAGUAAUUGCACCUGACCUUCGAGGAUUCGGUCAAACUGAAGCGCCCCGAUGCCCACCUAACAGCCUUCAUCAAUAUGGUUUUAAGAAUAUUUGCAAGGACCUUAAAGAAAUAAUGGAUCAACUUAAGAUUAAAAAGGCAAUUUUUAUUGGACAUGAUUGGGGUACUUUUGUAGUCUGGAGAAUGUGUAUUUAUUAUUCCGAACGAGUCCGUGCUGUGGUUAGCCUUUGUACUCCUUACAUUCCACCUAACGAUACGUAUCUCAGUAAUGAGGCGUUUGCCGAAAUUUAUCCACAGUUUAAAUAUAUGAUUUAUCUUUCUCACCCAAAAGCCGAAAUUGAGUUAGAUGGCAAU